CUGAACAAACUGCGGCAAGACACAGAGGCAAUCAAUGUCCACAUAAAGGCGUUGUGCGAGGAAGUCGUCGCCCCCAAUCGCGAGGUUGCAGCUUCCAGGCAUGCAAAGCAGGUGGUCGACUUCACCUGCCGAGAACGACAAUGACCUUCCACUGACCUGCCUCUCAAGCCGUCUUUUCCAGCUUUUUAUCUUUGAUCUCAUUCUCUCAUUCACUCAUUCACUCAUUCACCCACUCAUUCAUUCCUUCACUUAUCCAGGCGGGCAUCCUCAAGCCCAAACACCAUCCUUUCUUCCGGAGCAUUCUCUUCUUCCUCAGCCGUUUCAAAAGUAGGAUUUAGUCUCUGCCAUUCGUUUCUCGCACUUCUUUUUCUCUCUACCUUGCAAUCCCCCGUCCUCGCGGUCUGCAACUUGAGUUUGGUCUCAAACGAGCAUUGUUUCUACCUCCCUCCGCAACUUGGGCCGGCCCUCUCACCUCACUCGAACACCCCGUCCAUGCUGAUCAGAGUUCAUUCCUCUCUGCUUCUCUAACCUUACUCAAUGCCACGUCGGCACCAAGAACCCGGCGACCUUUGUGCCAUUUUCAUCCAUGCGGGUGCCGGAUACCACAGUUUCCAAAAUGAAAAGAACCACCUCACCGCAGUUAAUGAUGCUGCCAAGAUCGGAAUGGCCGUUCUGAAGAAUGGAGGUAGUGCCAUUGACGCUGUGGAGAUGGUCAUCCGGCUACUGGAGGACAAGGAGAUCACCAAUGCCGGCUAUGGGAGCAACUUGACCAUAGAUGGGCAAGUCGAAUGUGAUGCCACCGUGGUCGACCACUACGGCCGCAGUGGUGCCGUCGGGGCGAUCUCUCAAGUCAAAAAUCCAAUUACAGUCGCUCGCCUUGUUCUUGACGAAUCCACCAAACCUCUGUCACUCCAACGCGUGCCUCCCAACCUGCUAGUCGGCGCUGGUGCCACCGACUUCGCCGCCGACAUGGGCAUUCCUAUUCUCCCUCCAGACUACCUGGUUUCGGCACAUGCACGUGAUAGAUGGUCCAGAUGGCGUGAAGACCUCGUCGAUGUCUCCCAGAAGGAGGCGUCCAGACAAGGUCAGAGCCAACCGUAUCCGCAGACAGCGCCACUGGAUGACUGGCGCCGGACUCCAACGCCGGCGCCUACUCCCCCUAGCCCAAAUGUGUCACCUCCAACCCGAGGGAAACACCUUAGUCUCUCACAGAUGCCUGCUAUGGUACGUCCAUUGAUGGUCUCAACGGCUGAUGUGCCUACAUUGUCACACCCAGGCGGAGACAGAAACACAGGAAAUCCUUCUUCUGUUUCGCCCUCUCAAGCAGCAAGUCAACAUAACACACCAGCCGGAAAUGCAUCCCAUGAUCAUCUUGAGGCUGCCUCUGACGACAGUCUCCAAUGGCUUGCGUCGGGUUCCAAACGCCAAAAGCUGAGUGAUUCUUUCGACGGCCCGGCCGACGAUGUAUCCAAUCGGGCCAUCGAGCACAAAUCAUCAAUGAGAGGUCCAAGACUCACUACCCUUGACGACGACCGGGAGGAUGACAUACAUGACACGGUCGGCGCCAUUGCCGUUGACUGCUUUGGGAACAUCGCUGCGGGCUCGUCUUCGGGAGGAAUUGGCAUGAAACACAAGGGACGAUGUGGCCCAGCCGCUCUUGUUGGUAUUGGCACAGCCGUGGUCCCCAUCGAUCCAGAGGAUCCCACACAAACUUGUGUCGCCACAGUCACCAGCGGGACGGGUGAACAUAUGGCUACAACCACUGCUGCGGCCACGGCCGCCGAUCGCAUCUACAAUUCGGUGCGUAAGGAAAGGGGGCAACUUGAACCGUGCAACGAAGAUGAAGCCAUGCAUGCUGUCAUCAAGAAUGACUUCAUGACUCAUCCCGGUGUCAGCAACAGCCCCUGUGCUGGAGCGAUCGGGAUCCUUGCUGUCAAGAAAAGCCGUAAUGGUAUUUACUUCUACUUUGGUCACAAUACAGAUUCAUUUGCUCUUGCAUCGAUGCAUUCAGAAGAGAAGAAGCCGGUGUGCACCAUGUCACGUAACCGAGGUCACGGGUCGAUUGCUCAAGGAGGUCGAGGUGCUCGAUCGAAACAUAGUCGGUCGCGCUGAACCACUGAUUGUGGCAGGCACAGGUGUUCUGGCACAUGGGAGACAACUCCCGACAUCUACGGGUCUUGGCCUUUCGAAAAAGUCACCAUGCAACACAGGUGCUAGCCGCCCCGAUGGGCAGGGUGGACAUGAGGACGCUGCAAUGGGACAUGAUGGCGGGUCGCAGAGCUGGAAGGAAGGCCAAAGGAUUGAGGGGGGAAAACGGGUCGAAUGGAGGCGGGCAUAUUUAUGGCCUUUUUCUUGCUUGAGCCUUGAAACUUCAAGGUGCCCUAGAGUCUCAUAUUGAUAGACGAACAAUCCUAAACCCUGUU